AACUAUUGUUGCACCACCCGCAGCCUUGACCCACCAAGAAGGAACGGGACAGACCAUCCGCUCUCCCACCGACAUACGGUACGAUACGAUACCCGUGUUCCAAGCAGUCAGCACUCUCAUUUGACACGAAACUAGGAAGAAAGCAACAAAUUAUUUUGCCAUGGGAAUCAAAGGUCUCGCCAAACUGCUUUCCGACGAAGCACCCGACGUGAGUGAAAGGAAAAGAAAAGAACGAACACGAGACGGUUGUGUUGAUGUUCAGCGGUGCAACCCAUUCCAUGUGGCACGUGUGCUGGAUGGAUUGUUUCCAGAAUUGCCACCGGUAUCGUUUUCUGUUGUCACCGGUAGGAUUUCGUUCCAUCGAUUCGUGCUCUUUCGUAGUCUCGUCUCAUGUCUUCUCAACCCGUCUCGCCCCGCCAACUAUGACGAACGAACUGUGCUUGCAACCAACAGUGCAUUCGAGAGGUCGAAUUCAAAUCUCUCCACGGACGAAAGAUCGCCAUCGAUGCCUCCAUGGCCAUAUACCAGUUUCUGAUCGCCGUCCGGAGCGGUGGGCCAAACCAGCAGGCAAUGAUGCUUACCAACGCGGACGGAGAGACCACGAGUCAUAUCCAGGGAAUGUUCAACCGAACUAUCCGCUUCUUGAACGAGGGCCUGAAGCCCGUCUUUGUCUUUGACGGAAAGGUACGCAGCAUGUAUCUUGUAUUUUGUUGUCCCUUUCUCUUUUUGUGUCUUCAAUGUGUAUUCGAUGCGGCAAGGCGUUGUAUCUAACCCGACGUACGCACAACAAAUUCAAUCCACACAUCGUCGGUGAUUCCACAAACCACUUCUACUGACAACAAAAAAACAACGCGAUCUACUCCGCAGGCCCCCAACAUGAAAUCAGGGGAACUGGAAAAACGCAGGGAAAAACGGCGCAAGGCCGAGGAGGAGCUCAAGAAAGCCAAGGAAGAGGAAAACACGGACGAAAUCGACAAGCACUCGAAGAGGCUAGCGAGGGCCGGACGAAAGGAAAACGAAGACUGCAAGCGACUGCUGCGGCUCAUGGGGGUUCCCGUGAUACUGGCGCCUAUGGAGGCGGAGGCCGAGGCCGCGGCCCUCUGCAAGGCCGGCAAGGUCUGGGCGACCGGGACGGAGGACAUGGACGCCCUGACGUUUGCGACCCCCAUUCUGAUUCGAAAACUAACCUUUGCGAAUCAGUCCUCCAAGGGGGCCCAAAUACAGAGCAUGAACUACAAAAAGGCGAUCGAGGGACUCGGGUUGACCCACGAUCAGUUUGUCGAUUUGUGCAUCCUUUUGGGAUGCGAUUACUGCGACAACAUCAAAGGAAUUGGGCCAAAGACCGCGUGAGUGAGAAAACCAUACUCAGUGCCGAUGUUCGUCUGUUUUGCUCACCAAGGCUUCCAGGCCGGAAUUCUCGAACAAGGAAUCCGUUUUGCUCACCGUUGCUUCUUGUUUUGCUCGUUGUCUGUUCUGUCGCAACAAAUGAUCACCGCAGCCUCAAGCUCAUUCGCGAGCACGGCAGCAUCGAAAAAAUACUGCCGGUGGUGAAGGAUGUUCCGAAAUACACGGUCCCCGCGAACUGGAUCCCCGACGAGAAGGACAAGGACGAAACCACGGACGAGGAGGCAGAAGCAGCGAAAGAGGCAACCACCCCGGCCUACGUGCUUGCCCGGGACCUCUUCCACAACCACGAGGUCGACACGGACGUCGAGCUCAAGUGGAAGGAGCCACAGGCGGAGGAGCUCACCAAAUUCCUGGUCGACGAAGCGGGCUUCAACCCCGAGCGGGUGAAGCUCCAGAUCGAGAAGCUCAAAAAGGCGCACGCGGCCAACCGCAAGCCCCAGGCCAGGAUGGACUCCUUUUUCAAGGUCGUUUCGAACCCGGCGGCCGACGCCAAGCGCAAGAAACGACUGGAGAACGAGCGGGCCAAGAAGAAGCAAAAGGCGGCCGAGGAUCGCAAGAAAAAGGGCAAGAGCAAGAGAUAAACAGGCAACAGCAUCAACAAGUCAACAGUUCGAAAGCAUGUAUGCACUACCAUAAGCGCAUGAGGCAUUGUUGUAUCAAACAUAUCUGAUUCGUUGGGAACGAACAAUGAAAAGCAUAGAAAAUAAUAAAAACCAAAUACU